AUGGACGGUUACCAGCCGUUGUUGACCGGAGCGGAGUUUGAUAUUCGGCAAAUUGGUUUCAUGCUAGGCGACGGUGUGCUGUUUUCGAUUGAAGUGACUACAAUGUAUUUUUCUGUGCGCAGCUACUGGCGUGGAUUUUUCGCAGCAUGCUGCGGUGCCAUCACCAUACGACUCCUAAGAGGAUUCGUGGUUCAAACAGAAGUCACCGUCAACGCUUUCUUCCAAACAAGUUUCGCACCUGACGCAUUUGUGGUUAAUGAGAUUCCUCUGUUCAUUGUACUUGGUAUAUUUUGUGGUGGGAUGGGUGCCAUGUAUAUAUCUCUCUACCGAAGAGUGGUUCUAUUUCUGCGCAACAACAAAUAUGCCAAAAAAGUCUUCCAACAACAUUCUACUCUCCCUAUUCAUCACAGUUCAUGUACGAAAAGCCCAGCAUUAUUUUCGUAUCCGGAGAUAUUUAACCUUUUUCAAAUUAUCCUCCAAUUCCAUGAUUUUUUGUUCACUACUUUUCCCGUGCUUCAGUUCGUUUUCUCAAUAGUCUGCAUGACAUUGCCCGUUCCAUCUGGCGUGUUCAUGCCCAUUUUCGUGCUGGGUGCUGCGAUUGGUCGUCUCAUGGGAGAGGUUGUAGCAAUUGCACUACCACUUGGCUUGAUUGAGGGAAUCAACAUUUAUCCGGGUGUGUAUGCAGUUGUGGGUGCGGCAAGCUUUUCUGCCUCUGUCACUCAUACCGUUUCAGUUUCAGUGAUGAUUUUCGAGAUAACCGGACAGCUGCAUUAUAUUUUACCAGUGAUGAUAUCCGUGUUACUCUCUAACGCUGUCUGUGCAUAUAUGCAGCCUUCAUUUUUUGACACUAUAAUUAAAAUUAAGCACUUGCCUUUCCUUCCUGACAUACCGCCUUCAAACAACAUGUAA